AGAGUAUAAAAUUUGAUUAUAUUAUUGUUUAUUGUAUUUAAAUUUUAUGAUAAUUUGAAAAUCAUGCUUAUAUUCUUGUUAUUUACAGAACCUCCUUUAAAAAAAUAAGUUCAAAAGUUGUACCCAUUAAUGCAUCUUUAAAUUGUUUUGGUUAUUUGAAACGAGUUUUCUAAUUUACAUUUUAUAUCCUCUCCACCAAUUAGUUCGUGUUUUGCAUAUUUAACAACCCAGAAAAUGUAGAGGGGCUCAAAAAGGAUGCUAACUUUCUCUAACCUACUUUAUUUAAUGUUGAGCAGAACUAGCUAAAAAAUAUUACUGGUACAUUUAAAAUGAUUUUACCUAAGCUCUUUGUAUCAAUUUUUAAUAACAACAACAACUAUAGAGCAUGUUUUAGUUUCACUAGUUUAAAUUAUAUUAAUCGGAAAAUUAAUACUACUCAUUUUCACCAUGCAAAAGUGGCCCAGUACCAGAAACCUGAUUGGAAUAGAGCUGUAAGUGAGGCUGAAAAAAUUGUUGGGUAUCCAACAUCAUUUCUAAGCCUCAGAUGGCUACUAAGUGACGAAAUAGCAAAUGUAGCUCUUCAUCUUCGCAAGCUGGUGGGAUCCAACCAUCCUCUUCUAAAGACAGCAAAAGGACUUUUGUACAAUGGCAAAAACAAUAUGCAAGCCUGGGGCCUUAUUGUCCUAUUGGUUUCCAAAGCUGCUGGACAUGCUAAAAAUAUUCCCGACUUAGAACAAGACAAAGCUGCAGGAGUUCUUCAUAGUCAGAGAGCAUUAGCAGAAGUAACAGAAAUGAUUAGAACCUCCCAUUUAGUUCACAAAGGUCUUGUAAAUUUACAAGAAACCGUUGAAGACUCUGCCAACAUGUUAUUUGGAAAUAAGAUUGCUCUAUUAAGUGGGGACUAUUUGUUGUCAAACAGUUGUGUGGAACUAGCUGGGCUACGUAAUCAGGAAUUGGUUGAAUUAAUGAGCUCUGCUGUUAGAGAUUUAGCAGAGGCCGAAUUUGUGGGUCCCAGAGAUAAACAGAACAAUCCAUUACCUGCCAGGCCACGUGCACAACAUGAAUACAAGCAGUUCAAUGAAAAUGGUAUUGAACCAUUAGUAGUACAGGAAGCACUUGGUAAUGCACAAGCUGAGUGGACUCUUAGAAAUGUAUUGAAUGCUGGCAGUUUAUUGGGUAAGUCAUGUCAGGGUACCCUUAAAUUGGCUGGUCAUCCUACAGAAUUACAAGAACAGGGCUAUUUGUUUGGUAAACAUCUAGCUUUAGCCUGGCAGGCUUGUCUAGAUCGCGAACCAUUUUUGCAAGGCAGUUCGGGCCCAUUUAGUCUUGUUUGUGGACCUGUAAUGUUUCAUUUACAACAUGAUCCAACUCUAUAUGAAGAAAUUUUGAAAGGAAAAGACGAUGUUAACGAUGUCGAUUAUGAUUUAAUCCGCAAGGUUGUAAAUGAAGGACCUGGUCUUGAUAAGACUCAAGAACUUCAGAGUCAACAUUCUCAAAGUGCUCUCGAUGUUUUGAACCAGUUGCCCUCAUCUGAUGCCCGGACAGCUUUAGCAAAUAUUAUUGCAGCCAUACAGGAUAUUUGAAGUACAUAGAAAAGGGAAAAUGGGAAGACAGAUAGGUAUUGUAAAUGUUAAAAAUUAUGGUCACUUGUUAUUGUUAAAUUAUAUCGUUCUUUGAUAUUUAAUAAUUUAAUAACUUUUUAUGAUGCUCAAAAAACUUAAUUAGGGGGUCUGACAGGGUAAAAUGGUGAAAUUUAUCCUCAAAUUGAUCUUUUACGAGAAACUCUUCAAGUUUUAACUUUCAAAUUACUUCAUAGGCUUUUUAAACGAUUUUGCUAACUUUUUGAGUUAUAUAGAAGCUUUAUUAAAACUGCAACAGAUUGGGAUAAUUUUAAGGGUGCAAUUUUUAAAAAUUAGGUAAUCUUUUGCCCUGAAGUUUUUUCAGAAUUUUAGAAGCAGAUCAUUGAAAACGAUUAAAGCUCAUUUUUAAGAUUAAUUUGUACUGUGAGUUUGUGUUUUUGAUGGCGUUU